AUGUUGUUCCAGGUCGGCGGGCAAGGCAGCCGUCCCACCUUCUUCGAGAUGGCGGCGGCUCAGCAGCUUCCGGCGAGUCUCCGCGCCGCUCUCACUUACUCCAUCGGCGUCUUGGCCUUACGCAGACCCUUCCUUCACAAGCUCCUAGACUUCGAAGACGAAUCCUUCGCCUUACUCAUGCUCGUCCUCGAAUCUCACACCUUACGAACCACAGAUGCUUCUUUUUCGGAAUCUCUGUACGGACUCCGAAGAAGACCGGCCAAUAUCACCGCCAAAAAUGACGAUACCGCUGCCGCCACCACCGGCGGCAGCUUGCGGAGGCGCCAAAAAAUUCUUUCCGUUGUUUUUUUGGUUGUGUUGCCGUAUAUGAAAUCUAAGUUGCAUUCAAUCUACAAUAGAGAGAGGGAAGCGAGGCUUCAAGCCACUCUAUGGGGAGAUGAAAACGAAGGAUAUGAUGAUGGCCGAGGAGAUUUUUCUCCGGUGUCAACGCCAACCUCUGACGCCGGUACCUUCGUUACAAUGCGUAUCACUAGGAGAGUUCAGAAAAUUGUAGGGUUUUGCUACCCGUGGUUACAUGCUAGUACCGAGGGUUUGCAAUUUGCUUACCAGCUCUUAUACUUGUUGGAUGCUACUGGAUACUACUCGCUAGCACUGCACGCACUUGGGAUUCAUGUCUGCCGAGCCACCGGGCAAGAGCUGAUGGAUACGUCUUCUAGAAUUUCAAAGAUGCGUAACCGUGAACGUGACAGACUUCGUGGCCCUCAAUGGUUGAAGACAUUGCAAGGAGCAUUGCUCAGCUGUACGUACGCUGUUCUUGAUUAUGCACAAACCGGUUUGAUUGCAGCAGUGUUCUUCUUUAAGAUGAUGGAAUGGUGGUACCAAUCUGCUGAGGAGAGAAUGUCAGCUCCAACAGUAUAUCCUCCUCCCCCUCCUCCUCCACCACCAAAGGUAGCGAAAGAUGGGAUACCCCUACCACCAGACAGGACAAUUUGUCCCUUGUGCUCACAGAAGCGUGUAAAUCCAUCUGUAGUUACAGUUUCGGGGUUUGUCUUCUGCUAUGCUUGCAUAUUUAAGUAUAUUACUCAGUAUAAGCGCUGCCCAAUUACAGUAAUGCCUGCAACAGUUGACCAAAUAAGGAGACUCUUUCAUGAUGUCUAG